CUUCUGAUAUUGAGGUUAAUCCUCCUCCUCCUCUUACAUUAAGGUAUAAGCAUCAUCAUAUAUGCAUAUAUCAUAAAUGUACAAACACUACACAAACAAGGAAUUGUUCUCUUUUCUUGUCUCAAGGGAUAAAGAGAUUAGAAGAGAAGAAGAUCUUCUUCGAAGCAAUAAGAACUCAUCAUCAACAUGGCGGCGGGGGAACAAGAAGAGCAAAGAAGCCUUGAAGAAACACCAACAUGGGCUGUCUCAAUCUGCUGUUUCUUCUUUAUUUUGUUAUCUUUGUCCAUUGAAAUUGGUUUACACAAAUUGAGUGCGAUUUUGAAGAAAAAUAAUCGAAGGUCUCUAGGGAAGGCUUUGGCUAAGAUAAAAACAGAGAUGAUAAAAUAUGGAUUCAUAUCGUUUCUUCUGACAAUAUCGCAACAAAUACCGUUAUCCAAAAUCUGUGUGAGAGAGGCUGUGGCAAAUUCUUUCCUACCAUGUAGCGAUCCACCAUUGAUGAGGAGCUUAACAGAAGAGGUAGCUUCUUGGGACUUUGGAGAAGAAAAAGGACGUUCAUUAAAUGCAACAGCAAACGAGGUCAACUAUUGUGAAUCAAAGGGCAUGGUUAGUCUGAUCUCGAACGAUGGAAUCCAACAAUUAAAUAUCUUCAUCGUAUUUCUGGCGGUUUUUCAUAUAUCGUCCUGCACUCUAACAAUGUGCCUUGGAAUGGCGAAGGUUUGUUUUUUGAGGCAAUUUUAUGGGUCAGUCUCAAAAGAUGAUUACUUCACUCUCCGAAAUGGAUUUAUUACAGCUAAUAUUUCUGUAGGGGGUAAUUUCAACUUCAUGAAGUUUCUUUCCCGUACUUAUGAUCAGGAUUUUGAGAAGAUUGUUCGAAUCAGGUCUUGGAUAUGGAUUUUCUCCAUACUUUUCAUAUUCUUCUCUGCUCAUGAGUUCUAUAAUCAUUACUGGCUUCCAUUUAUUCCCCUUGUGGUUGCUAUAAUUGGCGGGACAAAACUGCAAGUAGUUAUAACGAACAUGUGCGUGGAUAGUGUGAAGGAAAAGGCAGUUAUCAAAGGAACUAUUCUUGUGAAACCCAACGAUGACUAUUUCUGGUUUGGUAGACCUGAAUGGCUUCUCUAUUUAAUUCAGUUUAUCCUUCUUCAGACCUCCUUUCAACUAGCAUUCUUUGCCUGGACUUGGUAUGAAUUCGGUCCAAGAUCAUGCUUUAAUCGAGAAGUAGAAAGCAUUGCCAUACAUGUUAUCAUGGGCGUAACUGUGCAGAUCCUCUGUGGUUAUGUCACUCUACCCCUUUAUGCUCUUGUUACUCAGAUGGGUUCUGGCAUGAGGAGUGCUGUAUUCACAGAGCGCGUAACUGAAGGCCUUAAAAGUUGGCACAAAAGGGCCAAACAAUCAGUUUCCAACAACAAUUCAACUUCAAGCAAAUACGUAGCUUCUUUACAUACCAGAAAAAGUGAAUCUUCAAUAAAAGAGAAUCUAAGCAACCGAGGUGACUCAAGAGAAUCUAAUGAAAUCACAAUGCACCCUCUUCCACUACCUUUGGCGAGUGGAAGCGGUGAAGAAGAGGAAGAGAGUACUACAGGUGAAACACAAGAGGAAGAAAUAUCAACUCAUUCCAUUUCAGAAAUCAAAACUGUUGAGGAAGAAGAGAAUGAGAAUAAUAACAACAACAACAAUCAGAUUAUUGUAAGAGGAGGAACAUUUAUUGGAGAAGCCUCUUUUGGAAGUAGCUGGAAAAAUAUGGACAGUCCAAGAACCAUUAUUUCAAAAAUUGGUUCCGUAACCGAAGAAGAUGACAACAUUAGUGACAUAUACCUCACUUGAUUUUCUAAUUAGUAUUAUUUAUCUGGCGGAAAUAUUUCUGUGUAAGAUAAGUUAUAUAGAAUUAUUUGAUUAAUGUUGUAGCUACAUCACGACACAAGAUUUAUUUGAGUUGAGAACUUGAGGAGAAACUUGUAGAGCAAAGAUAAAGAUGUAAAAUCUUGAACUUUGGCAGUGCUAGGAAUUAGUUAAGCUAGAGUUGUUGUGGUUGGUUAGAAGAGGUCUUUACUUGUUAACACUGACUAUAAAUACUAUCUUGUACAUUCAACUGAGAUCAGAUUAGUUCAAUUCAGAUCAUUUUCAAUUC